GCAGUGCUUCUUCGGUUGGAUCAUUUGAAUCUAAUGCGAGAGCAUCUCCUGUACGCGCUGAAAUGGACCAAGUGGAUAGCUACAUUGAACUCUUUUACGAAGACACACCGGAAAAGAAUCGCGGCGCUUUGUGCAUCUUAGAAUUGACCAAAACCACUGCGAAUUUGGAAGUACUUAUCGAAAAUGAAACAUUGAUUGGAGCCUUAGCACGUGUUUUCCGUGAGGAUUGGAAGAAAAACUUUGAUUUAGCCACUACCAUAGUCCGCAUUUUCGUACAGUUUUCUUAUUACAACCAGUUUCAAGCUGUUCUUUCUCAUCACAAGAUCGGUGCACUUUGCAUGAAUGCGAUGGAGUAUGAGCUGAAGCGCGCUGAUGUUUGGGCUGCUGAAGCUCAAAAUUCCGAUGAGAAAACUGCUCGCAAAUGUAGAUUAGCCAUAAGAAAGCAGCAGGUCUUAUUAGCAGCAUGUAUAUCGCUUCUCAUCAAUUUGGCGCACGACAUUAACGUAGAGUUGAAAAUGGUGCGACGUGACAUUGUGCCAAUGCUAAUGAAGUGCUUGACGUUUCGCGAUUCAGCCGAACUAACGUUAGCCACUGUGCAGUUUCUGCUCAAACUGAGCAUAUUUGAAGAGAACAAAGUGGCACUGGUGAGUACAGUAUUUCUUUCUGUCUACUUUGAAUCAGAUUCCCAUAGGAUUUGUUUAGGA